UACUCUACGUCUAUAUACCGUUACAGUAUGUACGUGGACCCUACCAAGCUUACGGACGAGGUGAAGGAACACCUGAAGAUGAAUAACUGCAAGGGUGGCGCCACCUGUGUGCAACAGCGGCCCUACGAGAAGGUGUUUGAUGACGUAGCCGACUUCAGCGCAGCCCACGACAUCGUCAUCAUCAGCGCCGGGUCGAGUUACGCCAUCUACAGUGAAGUACCAAAAAUGAAGCGGCUCAUCAGCCAAUCACCAAUCGUCAUGCGGAAGGCACAGAAGAACGACGUCGAGAUAAAGAACUACAAGAACUGCCAGAUUAGGGACUCGGCGGCGCUCGCCAUCUUCCUGGAGAUGCUUGAAUCAGAUCUGAAGAGCGGAAGUCGCACGUGGAACGAGAUGUCUGCUCAGGAGAAGCUGGCCGAGAUUCGCAGGGGGCAGCUGAACAACAGAGGCCUGAGCUUCGGGACGAUAUCGGCGUCGGGCGCGAACGGAGCCGUGAUCCACUACACGUCGCAGCCGUCGACGAACCGCACGCUGACGACGUCCGAGAUGUACCUGCUCGACUCCGGCGGACAGUACCUGGACUGCACAACGGACGUGACGCGCACCAUGCACUACGGCGAACCAACAGACUUCCAGAAGGAGGCGUACACGCGAGUGCUACAGGGUUCCAUCGACUACGCCAACGCCAUCUUUCCACAGACUUCCUACACGUCGAUUGUGGAAACCUACGUGCGUAUCUGGCUGUGGGAGGCGGGGCUCGAGUACAGACACGGCAGUUCGCACGGCGUGGGCGUGUACCUGUACGUGCACGAGGACAAAGGUCCAAUAUCGGAUCCUCUGCAACCAGGAAUCUUCAUGUCUGACGAACCCGGAUACUACGAGGUUGGCGAAUUUGGCGUCAGAUUGGAGACUAUCAUAAUGUCUAAGAUAGCAGAUACGCCGAACAACUAUGAUGGGCUGACCUUUAUGACAUUUGAACCGGUGACAUUUGUACCGUUUGAACCCAACCUUAUUAAGUAUGAAGACUUAUCCAUCAAACAGAGGAAGUGGCUGAACGCGUACAACGAGAAGUGUCGCCAGCUGACAGGCGAGGAACUACGGCGGCAGGGCCAGACCGCGGCGCACGAAUGGCUCAUGCGCAAGACAGAGCCCAUCCCGGACUACCCAGAGUGUACGGCUAGUGGCGGCGCAUCCGCGCGCCCGACUCUGCUGCUGCUGCUGCUGGCUGUCGCGUCGAACGUCCUGUACUCGCACACGUCACACGCGUACGGUUUCUGGCGCCGUGUGCUGGCGAAAGUGUUUCUUGAGAGUUAG